CACACAUCACACGGGAGCAGGAAAGCCAACGGACAAACAUAAGUGCAAUCAACGAAAAAUCCAGCCUGCGUUGCCGCUCAACAUGGCUCAAGAGUCUGGCUGGAGUUGUGUCACAAUGCGAUUGUUCCAAGUUGAAGUCAUUGCGCACGUCUGUAAGCAGCGGUGUCUCCACACAGUGGGCGUACGCUACAUCCGACAUUUCCUGCUCCCGUAUGAACUCAGCCAUAUGUGUCAUCCGGGGAUUUUUUUUUUUUCGACUUUACUUGCCAUUGUACUCUGAGUGAGACACAACCCAAAUUGGAGCUUUUUAUUUCGUCCACAGCCUCUUUUUAUUUUUUGGGGGGGAGGAACCCUAUUUUAAACUAAAGUUUGGCAUUCCUUUGAAGCCUGACCUGCUGUGACCUUCAAGUGUCAUUGACGCAACGAGGAAGGAGUCCAUUGGAGAGACAUUCUUCCACGGUGUGACCACAGAAGCAUUUGCAGCUGGACUCGGACCUAUUUCGGAGCUGAUGUCGACAAAGCCAAAAGCGAAGGAAACCAGGGACUUGACUGCACUCCAACUGGCCCGGCUUCUGCCCGGGACACAACUGCGCAGUGUUCUCUGCAAUUUAUGUUGCUUUGAUUCUGCCAGCUCCGCAUAACGAUGACCGGCAAAGAGUGGGACAGACUUUGGCUUGCGCACGAUAAACAUAGAUAAUAUUUCACUCAAGUAUCUGGUGCCGCAGGCCUGGGCUUUUUGACUCAUUUAGAUCACAUGUUUUCAGAACUUGGGGUAACUGUAAGAGUUGAGGUGAACUGAAGUCUCACUUGCCAAAUAGUUUCAGCUUUAACGGAACAUUUUUCCGAGCUUGGUAAACAUGAAUCUCCAGGAAAAGCUCUCUGGCCUGAAAGGUCUGGUGACGCACUCGCACAGCAAACGGCGUUUUAAAGCCGACCUGACGGUGGACAUGAUCAGCCCGCCUCUGGGCGACUUUCGCCAUACCAUGCACGUGGGCCGCGGCGGCGAGGUGUUCGGGGACACCUCCUUCCUCAGCAACCACGGCGGCUCCGCCAACGGCGGCAACGGGGAAACGGACUCGGUGUCCAGCCCCGACAACAAAAUCGGGGCCUUUUUCUCCAGGACACUCCGACAAAUCAGGAGGGGCUCUGACAACAGAAUCAGAGAAGGCUCCAAGGAUGCGUCACUGCCUCCCCCGGCCGUUUCUCCCAUCAUCAAGAAUGCCGUCUCCCUUCCAAGGCUGGACGUGGACAUGUAUAAUGGGAGCCCCACCACAAAGAUGCUUUUCCCCAGUUGUCAAAGCACACCAGGGGAGAGGAAAAGUUCUUACGGUUUGGAGUCCGGCUUCGUCACACUUCCUCGUCUGUCCCGCUCCGAGCGUCAGCAGCCGUCCGUCUCCAACCAGGCCCCUUACUCGGCCAACGUGCACCGCGGCUCUCUGACCGACCCCGCCGACGCCAUCUUGACCACCCGCUCUACCGCCGUUGUGACCUCUGACCCCAAGCCAACCGCCUUCUCCAGCUCGUUCGCUUCCCUCACCUCCCUGGAUACCUUCAACUUCGACCUGGGCCCCUCCCUCAUGAGCGAGGUGUUCGGCUUACUGGACGGAGACAGUCACACCUGGGAGAGAGACGAGACGGGGUCGCCGUGGGGUCUCACCAACGAAGGAUCAGAGAUGGACUCGGCUACUAUCUCUUACGUGGACUCCCUGCUGAGGGAGGACUGCGCGGGCGGGAAGAGUCCGCAGGGGGCGGAAUGGGACGACGACGAAGGAAGUGCGAAUGAAAUGAACGAAAUCGCCGUGUCCGGGAAAUUACCUGACGCGCUGAGGGGAGGCUCGCUUGAGCGAGCGAGGUUAGCGGUGAGGAUGGAGAGCGAGCGCUUCCAGAGUGCCGCCGAUGUGCUCGCACGCCAUUACGGCGGUCACAACCGGAUGGAGACGGUGGAUUCGGAGAGGAUGAAGAAGAUAUCCUAUAGCUACGCAGACGAUGAUGAUGAUGAAAUCAAAGUCUAAGCUGUUUGAACAUGAAACUCAUUACCGGAUAUACUCUUUGAUUCCUCUGUAAUUGUAAUCCAAUAACCAAAUCGGCAGCAAUGACUCUCAGACUGCAAAUGGAGGAUAUUAUUUUUAACAUGAAUGCUGGAGAUUUUUUUUUCCACUAAUGGCGCCAUGAUUUUUGCUGCAAAUGCAACAACAUUAAGGACUGACAUAUUUUCAAUGUACACAAAGUUCAGGAUAUUGGGCUAAACCUAAAAUGGCUUCCCUGAAACUCACAGAUUCACUGCUCAUGGGCUCAGGCUGACAAAAUAAAAGCAUUACUCUGGCGCCAUCUUCUGAUGGCUUAGUGUCAAGGAA